UUGAGGUGGGCGCAGAAAUGUCGAGCUGUAUGGAAGCCGUUGCCAGAUCUUACACCAGCUACAUACGGUGAAUACGCACCACAACCUAUCGUUCGUGGAGUUUUCUAUGGAUACGAUGCGUUAGGAAACUACCGUACUUUCAACCGUCCGCGAGAUCAUGGUGUUUCCUUUUACCGCGGAACAAACACAGUGCUCGUUGAUUGGCCGGAAGGAAAGGUUUCUGGUGCUAGUACCGUUGAGGUGCCGGCAAUAGGACUUGAUGUUGUCUAUAAUGCUUACGAUAUUGGAUUCCCCAACCCGCAGAGAACUCUACGAGAGCUUACAAAGGACAACCCAGACCCACUGAAUCCUGGAACAGGCCGAAAAAGAAGUGCGAUGACAUUGCUCAGACGUACAUGA